UGCGCCCUGGCUUUCGGACAGCUCAAGUGCUUUGGAAAGAACAGCGCAGGGCAAUUGGGCUACGGCAGUUCCGACGACGUAGGCGAUGACCAAGAAGAGGUCGGUCUGCAACUGCCGGUGGUGGACGUUGGAGGUACGGUCUUGCAGGCCUGUGGCGGAGCCAAUCACACCUGCGCGGUUCUUCAAGGCGGCUCCCUGAAGUGUUGGGGGUCGAACUUUCAUGGACAGAUAGGCUCUGGAAACACGACUGGCCUCGGUGAUGAUCCCGACGAAAUGGGGGAGUGGCUGCCUGCUGUCGAUCUGGGCAAUGGCACAAAGGCUAGCCAGGUUGCCUGUGGCUCCUCACACACUUGCGUUUUACUUCAUGACGGUGCCAUCAAGUGUUUCGGGUAUAAUGGUGACGGGCAGCUGGGCCUAGGAGACAGCAUGAACCGUGGAGAGCAGAGCUGGCAGAUGGGAGAUGCACUGCCCACUUUGGAUCUGGGCAGUUUCAGAGCAACCCAGGUCACUGCGGGUUUCCGAACUUCAUGCGCCCUUUCCUCUGAGGGGGUGGUUUGUUGGGGACGGCAGUUCCCCAGUUGGGAAAUUGUCGGCAAUGUUUCUUCGCUUGCGACCAUUGGCUUCGAGCUGGAGGCGACGCAGAUCGGAAUAGGCGAACAGCAUGCUUGCAUCCGUCUGGCAGAUGGACGCAUGCGAUGUUGGGGUCACAAUGAGGACGGUCAGCUUGGGCUUGGUGACACCGUGAGUCGAGAGGCCCACGAGGCAGCUGAUGUCGACCUCGGCUUUCCGACCACACAGAUCUUUGUCGGUUCGCAUCAUUCCUGCGCAAUCUUGCAGGAUGAGAGAACCCUGUGCUGGGGUCGCAAUCGGGAUCGGGAGCUUGGGCGAGGCACUGCAAUCCCUAUCUACAACAGCCCCGGAGAAGUGCUCGUUGGUAAGGCGGAAAGCCUGUCGAUGGGCGAUGGGCACAUUUGUUUUUUGCAGAGCGGAGGCGCCAUCUCCUGCUUCGGUGCGAACGACCAUGGCCAGUUAGGGGUGCCGAUGGGCGAGGAGUCGGCAGAGGAUGGAGCAGCUCUGUUGCCCCAACUUUUCCGCACUCGGACGCCAAGAGCCGAAGGCUUGGAGUCCGUGCGCUUGUCGGGAGGCUCUAGGACCUGGGGCUUCCUCGAAGUGCUGCGUGAGGGCACCUGGUCACCGGUUUGCGAUGAUGGCUUUGACGCGGCCGCGGCCAUCGUAGCUUGCAAGGACCCCGCACUUUUGCUUAAGACCGAACUCCGGGCAGUUUGGAGAGGAAGCCCGCAACAUCAGCCCGUCAUUCAAAUUCACGAAAGCUAG